AUGGUAGAGUCUGUCAUCCAACUCAAGUGCGACUGCAACCAGUACCCAUGGGGACGCAAAGGCUCCGAGUCGGCGGCAGCGCGCCUCUGCGCCAAAACCCCCGGCACGGACUUCAAGAUCGAGGAGGACAAGCCCUAUUCGGAGAUGCAAGUCCACGUCGUCCAUGUCCACCGGGCUUCCACUCGCUUACACACUGUCUUAGACCUUCAAGACGUUCUCGACAAGCAUGCGGAGGAGCUCAUUGGCAAGAAUGUGCUCCAGAAGUUCGGUCACUCCAAGCUGCCGUACCUGCCGAAAGUCCUCUCCAUAGCCAAAGCUCUACCGCUACAGCUUCAUCCGAACAAGGAGAUGGCCGCCGAACUCCACCGCAAAGACCCAGACCAGUUCACCGACCCGAACCACAAGCCCGAGAUAGCCCUGGCCCUCACAGACUUCGAAUCCUUCUGCGGCUUCAAGCCCCUCGAGGACAUCGAAGCUCUCAUGCAGCUCGAGCCCCUCCAGCAAUUCCUUCCCGAUACCAAAAAGCCCAAAUUCGAUGACAUGACGCUCAAGCACGUUGUCAAAACCAUACUGUCCGCAUCAGACGAGACAAUUGCCGACGUGCAAGCAGCGCUCCUCAAGCAGCCGAAGGAGAAGUUCGGCAAGGACACAUACAUACCAGACCUCAUCCCGCGCCUGCAGGCGCAGUACGAUAAGACCGAUCCCGGCACCAUUGUCGCUUUGAUCACGAUGAACUACCUGACUCUCAAAGCCGGCGAUAGCAUCUACAUCCCCGCUGACGGCAUCCACGCAUAUCUUUCCGGCGACAUAAUCGAGUGCAUGGCUCGGUCCAACAACGUGCUCAACACCGGAUUCUGUCCCCGUGCGGACCGCAACAACGUCGAGCUCUUCUGCAAGUGUCUGACAUUCACACCGCAUUCGGCCGAGGAAGCCAUUCUGAACUCGACGAGCUUUGACAGGAGCAAGAACGGCAAGACGAAGCUGUACGGCCCGCCGAUGAGCGAGUUUGACAUGCUGGCCACCAUAUUGUCGAGCGGGGAGAAGGAGACUAUAAGCGCACUGGGGGGUCCAAGCAUCAUGAUCAAUGUCAACGGCGAGGGCAAGAUGAAGGCAGGUGGGAAGUCGUAUGAUGUCAAGGAAGGCUACGUCUUCUUCAUUGGGAAAGACACGGAGACGGAAUUCGAGGCGGAUAGCGGACUCCAGAUCUAUAGGGCGUAUGUUGAGUAA